AUCUUCAUGAUGAAAGUCCACUCUCUGAUUUUGAGAACCCACUGAUCCGCCCGCGCUUGCCCUCUGACAUUUUGCUGGCUGUUGGUGGAUGGAACAUGCACACGACAAACUGCAUCGACGCAUAUGACACACGGGCCGACCGCUGGGUGGAUAUCACGCAGGAGGAGCAGAGCAACCUAGCUGGUCAUGGCACGGUGUACCAUGAUGGGUUUGUGUACUGCAUUGGGGGGUUUGAUGGGCAAAACUUUAUCGAUACCGUGCGCAGAUACGACCCGAUCACACGAGCAUGGCAGCAGAUGGCCCCAAUACACUGGCAGCGCUGUAAUGUUAGUGUGGUCGUGCUCGAUGGGCUCAUCUAUGCCAUGGGUGGCCAUAUUGGUUUCUGGCCCCUCGACAUCGUAGAGUGCUACAACCCAAAAACCAAUGAAUGGACCCAGCUCGAGUCUAUGAAUGAGAGGAGAAACGAUGCCAGCGCCACCACCCUGAAUGGCAAGAUAUACAUCUGUGGGGGCCACAAUGGAACAGAGAGCCUAUCUACAGUGGAGUGCUUUGACCCCCUCACAAACGAAUGGAGCUUGAUCACUCCAAUGAGCACUCCCCGUCACAGCCUUGGAGUCACGGCGUAUAAAGGGAAGAUAUAUGCGGUGGGCGGUAUCAACAGGCCUGAUCACCUGCAGACCAUGGAGGUCUAUGACCCUACCACAAACCGCUGGCAUGCUGUGGCCCCCAUGUCCACACCGCGCAGUGAGUUUGGCAUCGCAGUGGUGGACGACCUCCUAUUUGUGAUGGGCGGCCACGAUGGGUUUGGGGUAACUAACAAGGUGGAGUGCUAUGAUGCGGGGACAGGCAGCUGGUAUCGUGCGCAGGACAUGAGCAGAGCCAGACAGCAUUUCAGCUGCUGCGUAGUGCCUGCGCACCCCCGCAUCAUAGAAUACGCUUCACCUCGUUAGUCCCUAAUGGCCGCCAAGGAGGAGAGAAACCCAUCUGCCCACAACAGCAUGCCCAACUCUGCUUCCUCAUUGGAAGGUGUGUUGGUGGGAUCGAGGUCUUUGAAGACAAAGCUGUCCGGAAGUAAUUUUCCAUGGCCUCGCUAAACUCCUCCCACACCUGAGUUUUUACCUCGACGACCGCCGAAGCCGCAUUCCAACAUUUCAUCAACGCUGUCCACCAGCGGGUUCGGGGAUUGCUGCCACAACAGGCCACAGCUCCAGUCAGCCGCCUCCACAAUGGAGGCAUGGAACAAGGCCCAUUCGUACUAGUCAGUCCCCUGCGUCCUCCAGGACAUGGGAGAAGCUCUGCUGGAGAUGGGAGCUGAAUCUUCUCCUGACAU